GGCUUUGUUAUUCAGCAUGUCUGAUUAGCAGGAGCCUGAUUGGCUGGCUGCCUGCUCCGAGAGAGAUUCCAUUCAGCUUACCCCCCACCCAUCCACCUACCCACCCACCCCUAGUCAGGAAAUGUGAGCGGGGCUGAUGGAAGCUGAUAGGCAGGGCUGGAGUGUUAGCACCAGGACUGGAUGUGACAGCAGGCAGAGGAGCACUUAGCAGCUUAUUCAGUGUCCGAUCCGGAUUCCGGCAAGGAUCCAAGCAUGGAAUGCUGCCGUCGGGCAACUCCUGGCACACCGCUCCUCUUUCUGGCUUUCCUGCUCCUGAGCUCCAGGACAACACGCUCCGAGGAGGACAGGGACAGCCUGUGGGACGCCUGGGGCUCAUGGAGCGAGUGUUCACGCACCUGCGGUGGGGGCGCCUCCUACUCAUUAAGACGCUGUCUCAGCAGCAAGAGCUGUGAGGGAAGAAAUAUUCGAUAUAGGACUUGCAGUAACGUGGACUGCCCACCAGAAGCAGGUGAUUUCCGAGCUCAGCAAUGCUCAGCUCAUAAUGAUGUCAAGCACCAUGGCGAGUUUUAUGAGUGGCUUCCUGUGUCUAACGACCCUGACAACCCAUGUGCACUCAAGUGCCAGGCCAAAGGCACAGACCUGGUUGUUGAACUCGCACCUAAGGUCUUAGAUGGGACUCGCUGCUACACAGACACUCUGGAUAUGUGCAUCAAUGGUCUAUGCCAAAUUGUUGGCUGUGAUCAUCAGCUGGGAAGCACUACCAAGGAAGAUAACUGUGGAGUUUGCAACGGAGAUGGGUCCACCUGCAGGCUGGUCCGAGGGCACUACAAAUCCCAGCUCUCAGCAACGAAAUUGGAUGACACUGUGGUUGCCAUUCCCUAUGGAAGCAGACACAUUCACCUUACCUUAAAAGGACCUGAUCACUUGUAUCUGGAAACCAAAACCCUUCAGGGGGCUAAAGGUGAAAACAGUCUGAGCUCUCCAGGCAUCUUUCUUGUGGACAAUUCUAGUGUGGAAUUCCAGAAAUAUCCAGGCAAAGAGAACCUGAGUAUCGCUGGACCGCUCACUGCAGAUUUCAUCGUCAAGAUCCACAACUCGGGGCCUGCUAACAGCACAGUCCAGUUCACCUUCUAUCAGCCCAUCAUCCACCGAUGGAGGGAGACGGAUUUCUUUCCUUGCUCAGCAACCUGUGGAGGAGGUUACCAGCUGACAUCGGCAGAGUGUUACGAUCUUCGGAGCAACCGCGUGGUUGCCGAUCAGUACUGUCAUUAUUACCCAGAGAACAUCAAACCCAAGCCCAAACUUCAGGAGUGCAACUUGGAUCCUUGUCCAGCCAGUGGCGGAUACAAGCAGAUCAUGCCUUAUGACCUCUACCAUCCCCUUCCUCGGUGGGAGGCCACCCCGUGGACCGCGUGCUCCUCCUCGUGUGGGGGGGGCAUCCAGAGCCGGGCAGUUUCCUGUGUGGAGGAGGACAUCCAGGGGCAUGUCACCUCAGUGGAAGAGUGGAAAUGCAUGUACACCCCUAAGAUGCCCAUCGUGCAGCCCUGCAACAUUUUUGACUGCCCUAAAUGGCUGGCACAGGAGUGGUCUCCGUGCACGGUGACGUGUGGCCAGGGACUCCGGUAUCGCGUGGUUCUCUGCAUCAACCCUCGAGGAAUGCACUCCGGAGGCUGUAACUCCAAAACCAAGCCCCACAUAAAGGAGGAAUGCAUCAUCCCCACCCCCUGCUAUAAACCCAAAGAGAAAGUUCCAGUAGAGGCCAGGGCGCCAUGGUACAAACAAGCUCAAGAGCUAGAAGAAGGAGCUGCUGUGUCAGAAGAGCCCUCGUUCGUCCCAGAGGCCUGGUCAGCCUGCACGGUUACCUGUGGUGUGGGGACCCAGGUGCGAAUAGUCAAGUGCCAGGUGCUCCUGUCUUUCUCCCAGUCGGUGGCCGACCUGCCUGUGGACGAAUGUGAAGGCCCCAAGCCAGCAUCCCAGCGAGCCUGUUAUGCGGGACCAUGCAACGGAGAGCUUCCUGAAUCCAACCCGGGAGCGACGGAUGGCCUCCUCGGUGGCCUGCAGGACUUUGAUGAGCUGUAUGACUGGGAGUAUAAGGGCUUCACCAAGUGCUCUGAGUCCUGCGGAGGAGGUGUCCAGGAGGCUGUGGUGAGCUGCCUGAACAAACAGACGCGGGAGCCUGCCGAUGAGAACCUGUGCGUGACCAGCCGCCGGCCCCCGAAGCUCCUGAAAGCCUGCAGCUUGGAGCCCUGCCCAUCAAGGUGGGAAGUCGGCAAGUGGAGUCCAUGCAGCCUCACCUGUGGGGUUGGCCUGCAGACCAGAGACGUCUUCUGCUCCCAGAUACGUUCCAGAGAGAUGAAUGAAACAGUAAUCCUGGCUGAUGACCUGUGUCGCCAGCACAAGCCCAACACCGUGCAAGCUUGUAACCGCUUCAACUGUCCCCCGGCCUGGUACCCUGCGCAAUGGCAGCCGUGCUCCAGGACCUGCGGAGGGGGCGUCCAGAGGCGUGAGGUGCUUUGCAAGCAGCGCAUGGCCGAUGGCAGCUUCCUGGAGCUUCCCGAGACCUUCUGUUCGGCCUCGAAACUGGCCUCCCAGCAAGCCUGCAAGAAAGAGGACUGUCCCAGCGAGUGGCUCCUCUCUGACUGGUCAGAGUGUUCCACAAGCUGCGGCGAGGGCACCCAGACGCGGAGUGCCAUUUGCCGGAAGGUGCUGAAAACCGGGGUCUCGGCUAUUGUCAAUUCCUCCCUGUGCCCUCCCCUGCCGUUCUCCUCCUCAAUCAGGCCCUGCAUGCUGGCAAUCUGUGCAAGGCCCGGGAGGCCAUCCACAAAGCACAGCCCGCACAUUGAGGCGGCCAGGAAGGUAUACAUCCAGACCCGCAGGCAGCGGAAGCUGCACUUCGUGGUGGGCGGGUUCGCGUACCUGCUCCCCAAGACCACCGUGGUGCUGCGGUGCCCCACCAGGCGCUUCCGCAAGCCGCUCAUCACCUGGGAGAAAGACGGCCAGCACCUCAUCAGCUCGGCCCACGUCACCGUGGCCCCUUUCGGCUACUUAAAGAUCCACCGCCUCAAGGCCGCCGACGCCGGCAUCUACACCUGCUCCGCCGGCCCGGCCCGCGAGCAGUUCGGGAUUAAGCUCAUCGGAGGCAACCAGAAGCUCGUGGCCCGGCCCGGGGGCCCGAGGAGCGAGGAAGAGGCCCCCCGGGUGAGGAAGGCCCACCCCAAGGAGGCCCUGCAGACCCACAAGCACCAGAACGGGAUCUUCUCCAUCGUGGCCGAGCAGCAGCGCCUGGACGACAUCCUGCGGAACCUGUCCCAGCAGCCCGAGGAGCUGCGCGACGUCUACAGCAAGCACCUGGUGGCCCAGCUGGCCCAGGACAUCUUCCGCAGCCACGGGGAGCACCGGGACGCCCUCCUCAAGCUGUCCGAGCAGCGCAUUCCCCCCGUGGCCAUCCCGCCUCGCAAGGCCGUGUCCAGCUUCAGCAGCUUGCUCCGCGCCGCCGCCUCCUCCUCCGGGGAGGCGGCCGGUGGCUCUCGCCGGCCGCACCGCAAGCCCACCAUCCUGCGGAAGAUCUCGGCCGCCCAGCAGCUCUCGGCCUCCGAAGUGGUCACCCACCUUGGGCAGACGGUGGCCCUGGCCAGUGGGACCCUGAGUGUGCUUCUGCACUGCGAGGCCGUGGGCAACCCUCGGCCCACCAUCAGCUGGGCCAGGAACGGCGAGGAGGUUCAGUUCAGUGACAGGAUUCUUCUACAACCAGAUGAUUCCUUACAGAUCCUGGCACCAGUAGAAGCUGAUGUGGGUUUCUACACUUGUAACGCCACAAAUGCCUUGGGAUAUGACUCUGUCUCCAUUGCCGUAACGUUAGCAGGAAAGCCAUUAGUGAAAACAUCACGAAUGACUGUGCUCAACACCAAGGAGCCUGCCAUCACAGUGGAUAUAGGAGGCACCAUCAAAACAGUGCGGGGAGUGAAUGUGACCAUUAACUGCCAAGUUGCAGGUGUGCCCGAAGCUGAAGUCACUUGGUUCAGGAACAAAAGCAAACUGGGUUCCUCUCACCAUCUGCACGAGGGUUCCUUGCUACUCACAGACGUGUCCUCCUCGGAUCAGGGCCUGUACUCCUGCAGGGCAGCCAAUGUGCACGGAGAGCUGACUGAGAACACCCAGCUUCUGAUCCUAGAUCCCCCCCAAGUCCCCACGCAGUUGGAGGAUAUCAGAGCCUUGCUUUCAGCCACUGGACCGAACCUUCCUUCAGUGCUGAUGUCUCCUCUGGGAACACAGCUGGUCCUGGACCCUGGGAAUUCCGCUCUCUUUGGCUGCCCCAUCCAAGGCCACCCUACCCCCAACAUCACCUGGUUCCAUGGUGGCCAGUCAGUUGCCACUGUCACAGGAUUGACACAUCACAUCUUGGCAGCUGGACAGAUUCUCCAGGUUGCCAAUCUAAGCAGCGAGUCUCAGGGGGAAUUCAGCUGCCUCGCCCAGAACGAGGCAGGCGUGCUCGUGCAGAAGGCCUCUCUUAUCAUCCAAGAUUACUGGUGGUCUGUGGACAGACUGGCAACCUGCUCCGCCUCCUGUGGUAACAGGGGCGUUCAGCAGCCCCGCCUGCGGUGUCUCCUGAACAACACAGAGGUCAACCCCGCUCACUGCGCAGGGAAGGUCCGCCCUGCUGUGCAUCCGGUCCCCUGCAACCGGAGAGACUGCCCUUCCCGGUGGAUGGUGACCUCCUGGUCCGCCUGCACCCGGAGCUGUGGGGGAGGCAUCCAGACCCGCCGGGUGACCUGCCAGAAGCUGAAAGCCUCUGGGAUCUCCACUCCCGUGUCCAAUGACAUGUGCACACAGCUUGCCAAGAGGCCGGUGGACACCCAGGCCUGUAACCAACAGCUCUGCGUGGAGUGGGCCUUCUCCAGCUGGGGCCAGUGCAACGGGCCUUGCAUUGGGCCUCACCUAGCUGUGCAACACAGACAAGUCUUCUGCCAGACACUGGACGGCGUCACCUUACCGUCAGAGCAGUGCAGUGCCCUUCCGAGGCCCGUGAGCACCCAGAACUGCUGGUCAGAAGCCUGCAGCGUACACUGGAGGGUCAGCCUGUGGACCCUGUGCACAGCGACCUGCGGCAACUACGGCUUCCAGUCCCGGCGUGUGGAGUGUGUGCACACCCACACCAACAAGGCGGUGCCUGAGCACCUGUGCUCCUGGGGGCCCCGGCCCGCCAACUGGCAGCGCUGCAACAUCACCCCAUGUGAAAACAUGGAGUGCAGUGAUACCACCAGGUACUGCGAGAAGGUGAAACAGCUGAAACUCUGCCAACUCAGCCAGUUCAAGUCUCGCUGCUGUGGAACUUGUGGCGAAGCGUGAAGAGGAGGCCUAGGGAAGACCGACCCUGGCUGCACAAAGGACUCACGCAACCAGCUUGGACAGAACUUAAGCUUUCUUCGUUUUAUUUAUUUCCCCCUCCCUGCCCCCAACCACGCACACCCCCAUCCAACCCCCACCGCCCCCACCCCCAGACUUGAGGACCUCAGCAUGCCUUCUCUUUCAGUUCGAUGGAGGACAGAAUGUUGGGAACAGACAGGACAGAGGUCUAAAGGAGGUUGCAGAACAGACAGGGCCAGACAGUGGGAGCUCCCGUGCAAAGCCGGCUCCCUCCCAAACCUGGGUCCCAAAGAGACCUGGGGAGAGGCAGGUACAGCCCCUCGGGACAGCGUGGAGCCAGAGCUCCCAGGAGGCAGGUGAGCAGGUCCCAGAUGAUUUGGAAAGCAUUGGUCCUGACUUUGGACACCAACUGGGUCUUGCCCACGCACUGUUCACGCAGGAGAGCGCUGCUCCUGUCUCCUCCUCUGCCUCUGUCCCUAGGCCUCAGAAAGGGCGAGGGAACACCAUGCUGAAGCAGAAGCAGCCCAGAACUUAGUUCUUCUGCUGGGAGGGGAGGUGGAGGGCACAGCAACAAGAACUCAAAACAUGGACACGUGGGGGAAAAGGAGACAGUCCAAGUAGGCCUAAAGGACACAAUGCAGAAAAAGGGAGUAGAGGGGUAGGGGGACAGAAGCAAGAAAGCCUGUGCAUGUUCCUCAGGGGAGAGUUGAGGGAGACAGGGGAGGAGGGAGUAGCCAGGAGGCUCCCAGAAGGGCUCUGAACCCCCUGGGUGUGGGACCCCGGCAGGCUCAGGGGAGGGGCCGCUCGGAGCUCUGCUGCCCUCAUGGCUGAGGCUUUGGUAUGAGACAUGCCCUCCAUGGGGUGGAGGGGAGGCUCUCUCCCCAUGCUGUCUCAGAGAACCUUCUGCCUGUACACCUGCAGCAAAACCACCCCUGGCAUCUCUAUCUAAGUCCGGAGUUCCCCAAGCCUGGAACUCACUGCUGAUGUGAGCCAGGGGCAUCUGAGCAUGGAUGGCCUUUGCUGCCCCACUUAAGAGCCAGGGAGUAGAGUCAAUUUUCAAAAACCAAUUCAUUAUAAUCAAUUUGCCUGAGAGCAGCCAGCAGGACAUAGCAGCCACUUCAUUCCAGAGCUGUCCGGGGGUCGGGGGGGCGCUGUAGGCUUGUGGGAGCCCUGCCCAGACCACAGUGAGAGUUCCCUCCUGUCUAUAGAGCAGGUUGGGGCAGGGUGUGGGGUGCAAUGGCAAAGCCAAAAGAUAACUAACGCUUCCAAGACUGUCCUCCAAGGCUUUCAACCCAUUCCCCACACACAGUGAACUACCAGGAGUCCACAUAUGCCAGUUUUGGUGAUUGGGCUAAUUGCUUAUUCAGCAAGUGGCUUUGGACGCAUGAUUUUGGCCAUCUCCCCGAGUGGCCACAGUUUAGUCGUCAUGGCAGGUCAGGGCGGCGACAGUCACUCACCUUCAGAGAAAGCACCACUCCCUCGGGGCCGCCGCUGACAUCAGGGCAGUGUUUUCCAGCCUGCAAGGACAUUGGAGGGGAGACGACGUUCAUCUGUGUCCUCCCCAGGUGAGCUGUGGACAGUUAGGUGGGUUUCCUUCUUCCUCACCACAAACAUGGGCUCUAAGAAAUCAUGUUACUAAAAAUCAGUGUAAUGUUUAUUUAAAAUAAAAGAGAAUGUGUUCUAUGUCUGUAUAUCUUUUGUGAAUAUUUAUUAGGAUUUCUUGUAUAAAAAAAGUGCAAUAUUAAUAAUUGUACAUUGUCAUCCAGAAAACCAAGUAUUUGGGGGACUCUUUAGUAACUUCUUGCAGUUGUGUUUCUGUAAACUCUGGUGAUUAUUGUAUUGUUCCUCUUUUUAAUAGAACCUGAUGUUUAACUCUGGAUCCAUUCACUGUGUACAGAGACAUUGUAAAAACUAACAUGGGAUGAUGGGGCAAUGAGAGAGAAUUCAUUUGUGACACAGUAGUUAACACGUGGGGUGAAGAAGACAAAUUCUAUCCUACUGCUAAUGUGGCUGGUUAUUUCCAGUUCAAUAGCUUUUGAAAACCACGGGCCAAUAUUCACAUUUCCUACACAGCAGGUGUCCUCAGCUCCCCCGUGUCAGGCUGGAACCUCUGAAAUGUGUUGGAGGGCCUGGGAUUGGGGUAGGAAGCCGUGUGCCCCUUGCAUGACAUGAAUGUUCAUUUAUUGUUUGUUCUGUGAAUUGUGACUCAGCAGCGCCCCAAGAUUAUUAGGGCUGCUGAAUAAUGUGGAAGGAGGCACUUCCUCCUCUAAAACACAAAACUGUAUUUAUAUUUUUUGUACAGACAAUACAGCUUAUUUAUUUAAA